GAUGAGCAGAGGAUGUGCGGGUGUUAGCUGGGUCCCAGCAGCGGCGGGGAAGCAGGAUGUGCGCUGCAUGGCACCAGCCCCGAGGCGGGCGUGUACGGCCCGAGCCUGAGCAGGCGAUGGGCCGCCGUCCCCCGCUGACGGUGCCACAGCCUCGCUCCCCGCCGCAGCCCGGGCGAUCGCAGCGCCGGCCGUCCCGGCUCUGCCCUAAGGGAGAGAGGCUGCCGCUUUCCGGCGAGAAGUGGUCGCCCGUAGCUGCGAGCCCGUGCCGUGCCCGGGGCCGCCCUCUGCCCGGGGCCGGCUGCCAAAGGCCGCGGCGGGGCCGCGCACCCGGCGCCCCCGCCCCCGGCGUUCGCGGCUCCCCCUCCCGCCCGCAGAUAACCGCGGCCCCUCGGGCGCUUCCCCACCCGCCCAGCGCGGACUCGGCCCCGGCUCGCAGCCGCUCUCCAGGCGCCAGCUCCCUCUCGUCGGUAAGGAUGGCUCGGCAGCCCCGGGGCUUUCUGCAGGAGGCCUCUCACCAAGUCGUCGCCGGAGGCUCGGCGGGUCUUGUAGAAAUUUGCCUGAUGCAUCCCCUUGAUGUAGUGAAAACAAGGUUCCAAAUUCAAAGAGGGAAAACUGAUCCAACCAGUUACAAGAGCCUGGGGGACUGUUUUAGGACUAUUUUCCAACGAGAAGGAUUUCUUGGCUUCUACAAAGGAAUACUUCCUCCUGUUUUGGCUGAGACACCCAAAAGGGCAGUGAAGUUUUUUACCUUUGAACAAUACAAGAAGCUUCUGGGAUAUGCAUCAUUGCCACCAGGACUGGCAUUUGCAAUUGCUGGCUUGGGAUCUGGUUUGACUGAGGCAGUUGUGGUUAACCCAUUUGAAGUAGUGAAGGUUACAUUACAGACCAAUCAGAACUCUUUCACAGAGCAACCAUCUAGCUUUGUUCAAGCUCAGCAGAUCAUUAAAACCGGUGGUCUGGGCUCCCAAGGACUCAACAAAGGCCUUACUGCAACACUGGGCCGUCACGGAGUUUUUAACAUGGUUUACUUUGGAUUCUACUUCAAUGUGAAAAACAUUCUUCCAGUCAAUAAAGAUCCAAAUUUGGAGUUUUUGAGGAAAUUUGGAAUUGGGCUAGUCUCAGGAACAAUAGCCUCAAUUAUUAACAUUCCUUUUGAUGUUGCAAAAAGUAGGAUUCAAGGACCACAGCCAGUUCCUGGAGAGAUCAAGUACAGAACCUGUUUUAAAACUAUGGCAACAGUCUAUAAAGAGGAAGGAUUUCUGGCUCUGUACAAAGGCUUGCUUCCCAAGAUCAUGAGGCUCGGUCCAGGUGGUGCAGUGAUGCUUUUGGUUUACGAAUACGUUUAUGCAUGGCUUCAGGACACAGUUAAUCCCAAGGAGCAUUUCUGAAAAACAUACUCUUUAAAAUUGCAUGCAUUCUAAAAUACACUAUAAUAAAGCAAAAGUGAUUCUUAUCCUUCAUAAUGUUGAAUACCCUCAGAUUGUACUGAUGUUAAUACAAUUCCAAACAAAUAUGGUCUGUAGGUCCUGAUCCAAGAAAAUAUUCAAGUACAUGUUUUUCUGUAAGUGCAUAAUUAAAUAGCACUUGACAUUUGUAAUGGUUUUGCUGGACCAAGAGAAAAUAUAAAGCAGACUUAAAACUGAGUUUUUAAAGGACAAACUGAAAUUUCUUGACACACAAUCAUCCUAUGUAAUCACAUACUUUUUUUAAAGUUUCAGCUGAAAUGGCAAGAUAAAAACUAUCAGGAUAUUUUAAAGGAAAAAAAGGCAUAAUCCUUGGGGGGGGCAGAUACUAAGCUAAUGUAAACUGACAGCUCCAUUGACUCCACAUUAAAAAAAUUAUCCAUACUCUGCAACUCUUCAGCCAGUCUUGGGUCCAGUUUCAAUUCAGCCCAGUAUGAUUUCAGCAUUCCAAUAAAAGCUUUUCAAAUUCUUCGGAGUUUGGAUAGAAAAGGACAAGCACAAACAGACACAACCUUAAAAACAUGCAUAGUGCUAAAUAUCCUAAUGUUCUUUGCCAUAUAUAUUAUAUAAAUCUCAUUCCGAUCAAAGGUACUGAAGGUAAUUAGUAUGCAUCAAGUUGCAUAAAAAAACAAACCAACCUGGGAUUCAUAGAAGAAAUGAGUAAAUAAAUUAACAGAAAGAAGUCAUUUUAGGCAUAUGAGAUUUUACUGCAAAAUUUUUAUCCACUUUGAUAUACUAUCCCAAAAGAGCUGUCCUGUGUUAAAAGUGCUCAGUGCACCCUGACUGCCCCUUUAGCCUUUCAUUCCUACCAUGGAAUGGUGAAACAAGGCAGCACUUCUGCAGUUGCACAUAGCUAGCCGUACCCCUCGAAGAAAUGCACCUUUCUGUAGAGAAAAAAAUGUUGCUCUGAAGCUAAAAUUUUUCCUUUUCCCAGUCACUGUAAAUAUAAAUAUUCCAGGGAUGAAUUUGUGUUCUUACUAGCCAUUCCAACUCCAUCCAAUAGAGUAAAUUCUCCUAUGCUGACUGAAGACAUAGUUUCUGUUCAAGCAGUUGUGUCAUUCUACAUUUUCUCUUAAAAAACUUCUUAAAUAAUUUUAAAUCUUGCAUUAUUCUGUUAAAAUAUUAUAUAUAUAUAUAUACAUAUAAAAAUAUAUUAAAAUAUCUUCAUUAUGUAACUUGGUUUGUUGUCAAACGAGCAUACAUCUUGCAAAGUUUCAGUAUCUCCCCCAUACUACAUUCACUCUGUUAGCAAUAAUGUUCUUCCUCUGAAGGAGCUACAAACCUCUUCCUUGGCAAUCCUAAAGAAGUACUUUUCUGCAUUGUUACUUGGAAAUGGCAGUUCACAUGUGAAGUCUCAUCUCACAAGUGUAUUUAAUGCAUUGGAAAAGCAACAAAAAUCUAAAAAUAGAAAUGUGUUUUCAGCGCUUUCAAGAAUGCCUGUAUUGACAUGCUCAAUAAGCCUCUCUUUUGUCUGAAUUUGGCAACAGUGGCUUUUCAUACCUAUGCUAUUUCAUAGCUAAAAAUCAAUAAAAUUAGCUCUGUUAAAUUUUAUGGUUUUAAGGCAAGUGUUCCUCGUUGUUGCAUUUUAUUAUCGGCACUUGGCCAAAGAGAAGACACUACCAAGAUAAUUUCAGAAACCUAAACCAAAAUGCUUUAUAAUUUGUCUUU